AUGCUGCGGGGUCAACGUACUUUUCGUUUCACAGCGGUUGUCGUGUCCCGUCUGACCCUAUUACUGUAUUCGGUGAUGUUCGCUUCCCUGGGGCGGCAAGCUGAUGGUCUCAUGGGACCUGACGGGAUAUCGCCCCUCUGCCGGCGGCCAAGCCUUGCUGCGCGCAUUUGCGCUAUCGUAGCACUUACUGCUUGCUUCUUGCCUGUGUGCGCCAUGAGCGGCCUCAUUGUCGCUCUUGCGCUUGUCUGGCUUUCAGUGGUCUACCGCGGCUACAUGCAGGCGGACUUCUUGCACUUCCAGUGGGAUGCCUUGGCAAUGGAAAUGGGGGCUUUGGCGGCCAUCGCAGCCUUGGCAACUAUUCCUCGCUCGGAUGUUGUGCAGGAGGCCUGCGCCGCGCUCGCAAUGCAUUGUUUCGCUCUUUUGGGCUUCAAGCUGAUGUGGGGCUCAUGUCUUUGCAAGCUCUUCUCAAAUUGCCCAGAAUGGAACUUUGGAACGGCCAUGCAGCAUCACCACCGCACCACGUGCUUGCCCAAGCCAAUGGCCCGCAGGCUUCACAGAUGGAGCUCCAGCUUCCAAGUCUCCAAAGCACAGGUGCUUGCAACGCUUUGGGUUGAGGGACCUUUUUCCUUACUUGCCUUGCUGGGCUGGCCGCUUGGCCGAGCUGUUUGCGCGUGCUUGUGGUGCACCUUGAUGGUCACCAUCGCAGCUUCUGGGAACUACGGUUUCUUCAACUUGCAAACUUGUGUGAUCGCAACUGCGCUGCUGGAUGACCGCCAAUUUGGGCAGAGCAUGGUCAGUUGUCCCACGUCUCGGAACCUGCAGACAUGGUUCUUGCUUGAUGGCCUCCCCUGGGCCUUGACUUUCUGCUACUGGGCCAUGUACAUGCCAGCAACGGUUUCAUCCCUCUACCGGAUCAGCCGUGCGCAGCCGCCUGAAGUCUGUGCUGAAGCCGAGGAGCUGCUGUUUUCCAGGCAGCUGGCCUGCCGAUAUGGCCUCUUUGCGUCAAUGACGACUAGCAGGGAUGAGGUGGUGAUAAGAGAGCUGCACGCUCUGCCCCAUGAAGUGGCACAACAGGCUGAACGUGACGGGUUGGCAAGCAAGGCGCAUGACGACAAGUACUGGGUGGAGCUUGCAUUCCCAUACAAGCCUGGCCCUUUAAAUCGUGCACCACCUGUGCUUUUGACCCACAUGCCUCGGCUGGAUUGGCAGCUUUGGUUUGUCUCGCUGCAAUGGGAGCAGAGUUCCAAGACGCCGGAGUGGUUCCAACAAUUCUUGCAGUGCUUGCGCGAGCGGCGUGCUAGCGUGGUGAAUUUAGUGGCGCACAGAGGACAGCACCCCGUUCAGGAGCUGGUUUUAAUGCAAGAGCCGAAGGAUACUCGGGUCACAUUUGAGGACUACGAAUAUUGCCUUCCAAGCCAGCUGGCCAUCACAAAGACUGAUGAUGGCUGGGAGUGUGGAGACUGGUGGUGUCGAAGAGCUCCGAUUCCAAACCUGAAGUCUGUGGAAGAGCCUGUGGACGAGGAGCCGGCGCAGAAAGAAAGCAUAGAGCUGGACGAGGCGCCUAUGCCGAGCGGUUCUCGGGCGCUCGGAGCGCACGCCCGCCUGUGGCAUCACUUGAAGCACUCCUGGGGGCUCUUGCAAACGCAUGUUGGCCUCAUUUCACGGAGGAGUGUGCCGGAUCCUGCAAUUUUGAUCUUGGGCCUCCUGAGUACGAUCAUGGCGCUGACUGCAGUGAUGGCCUUCUGCAGCGCUGCGCCUGUCCCGCGACCGAAGGUAGAAACGGAAGGGAAGCGACCUGUGGCUCGCUAUCCUGCUCCAACGGCUGGAGAGCUGGCCUCAGCCAGCCGCCAGAUGCACAACGGCCCCGAUCAAGGAGCCCGUGGUGAAAGGCAGUAUCCUCCUACAGGGGGGGCGGGCCCGUAUAGUUCUGUGUCAGUACCAGCUGCCUCAGCAGCAUCCUUGCCACCACCGAAGCGGCCAAGCCAUGUCGGAGGUGAAGCUGGAGCCAUGUUUAGUUGGUCACCACGAUCCUCGGAAGAGGAGGACACCCUUUGUCCCUGCUUAGUGGUCCCAGAGGGCAUGGAGUUUGUGUUUGCUGUGCGCGAGGUCCUCGCCGACCAAAGACAGGAGCUUUCUUUCAGCGUGGUCGAUUUGGAGGGCUCCCCGCUCAGCCACAUCAUUGUCAACGAGUCGGGAUCCGGGCCGCAAUGUGGUAUCUUUCUCCAGAUGCUGGACAGGGAGCCUCUUGCUUCCAUCCGCACAGAUAUGUUCUUUGAAAAACCACGGCGUCUUCCGGAGAUUUGUUUACCAUCUGGAGAGGUGUUCUGCUCAUUGGAGCGAGAUGGUAGCAGAGAGUACGUCUUGCGAGAUCAGCAUCAGCAGAAGCUACUGAGACUCCAAGGCAACUUCCGAGACAAGGCGGUCAAGGUAAUCAGUAAGUCGGGGCAGCUCGUGGCCCUCAGCGAACGCUGCAUCAUUGACUUGGAUGGCGGCACCCACUAUCAGGUGCGCGUAGCUCCUCAGACAGAUGCUGGCCUGGUUCUGUGCAGUUUGCUUGCGGUGGACAAGAUAGAGGGAGGUCGGCUUCGCUAA